CGGGCCGAGCUGCCGGCUCCACCCCGCCGCUCGGUGCCCCUAUCCGGCCCGUGGGCGGGCCCUGGGCCGCUAUAAGAGCGGUGUCGGCGGCGGCGGCGCGGCUGCUCCUCCUCAUGUCGCGGCUCCCGCUGCUCUUGGCAGCCGGCUGCGCGCUGCUGGUCGCCGGCUGGUCCGGGCCCGAUGCUGGCGCUGAGGCCGUGGCUGAGACCGAGGCCGAGCCGGGCCCUCCCGUCCGCUGCCCGGCCUGCUCGGUGGAGCAGCGCGCCCGGUGCCCGGUGCCGCACGGUUGCGAGGAGCUGGUCCGGGAUGCCGGGCUGCGGGCUGUUGUGGGACUUGCGCGGGGUGGGGCAGGGGCGGCUUUUGGCGGGCCUCUUACACGCCCCCGCUGUUGGCUUCCCGGCUCCGGCCUCCGCUGUUAACCCGCUCCGUGUCUUCCCCCGCCCCACUCCAUCGUGAGAGGUACGGACAGGGGUUUCUGCGGCAACAGACGGGAUGCGAGGAUGGUAAAAAGCAGCAUACCGGCCGCAGAAGCAGACGAUUAUUGGGAGCUGGAGAAGGCGGAGGGCCCACAUAUACCCUGCCACUCUUACGACAAGAAAUGUAUCUCCAAACACCUGGCCCGGAUCCGCGAGAAAACGCAGAACAGCGGCAGGUCCAAGAACGUUCAUAACCACAUCCGCGACGAGCCGCGGAUAAAGGGUCCCUGCCAGGGCGAGUUACAGCGGGCACUCGAGAGAUUUGCCAAGUCGUUCAGCCACACGCCGGAGAGUUUGUACCACAUUCCCAUCCCCAAUUGCGACAGGAAAGGAUUCUAUCACCCAAAGCAGUGUCACCCAUCGCUGGACGGGCAGCGCGGCAAGUGUUGGUGCGUGGAUACCAAGACCGGGGUGAAGCUGCUCGGCUCCCCCGAGGUGAAGGGCGACGUGGACUGUCACCAGUUCCUCAAGGAGCAGGCGCAGGAGUGAGAGGGCGUGAGCGGGGGCUCCCGCCGCCCUGGGCAGCGCCAGUCCCGCGGCCAGACCCGUGUAGCCCCGGUGAAGGAAGGGGAGAGUCACUCGGUGCCAGAAUCCCCGGUGCUGGGGGAGUGGAGGUCUCAGCAUAACCCCACCCCGCCUCCCCCCCCCCACGGGACUCCCGUGUCGCCCGGCCUUCUCCCAUCCAGCUGUUUAUAUCCGCCUCUCCCCUGUGGCUCCCUCACUCUUGCCCCGAUCAAAGCAACCCUGACUCACACCCC